AUGUUGAAAAUUGGAGCCAGUCAAGUGACGCUCGCCCUAGCCGUUGCGCUUUUGGCGGCUUGUCUUGUCCCCUAUCACGGGUACAUCUUCUCUAGCGGGAUUGGGUAUGUCCUUUAUCAAGUCCGACCGGGUGUGUUGCCAGUGUUCGCGGACACAUGGCUGUUCGUCGUACAAACUUCUGUAUCUACCCGUUGUCUGGUUAUCAUUCCCUUCCUUUUUCAUUAG